GUAGAGAGUGCCCCCUUCCAGAGGAAGGGGAGUCAGUAAUUACACAGGGGAAAGAGGAGAGUGGGGGAAGAGAGUUGGAGACAUCACAAACAGAGCAAGAGACAGGGGCUGCUGGAGAAAGGGAGGCCAUAACAUAGAGGAGAAGAAAAGAAGAGAGACGACAGAGAGCCAACGGACUGAUCUUUGAAUGUUUUUGUCCCACUGGAUCCCUGGAUUACUCUGGCACUCUGGAGGAUUGUGUCAAUCAGUCACCUAUCAAAGCUGGAAACGUGUCACCUGUCCGUCCUGCGUUUGGAUGUGUGUUUUGAAGCUGAAGGAGCGGACUGCAGUGCAUCAGUGUGUGUGAGAGGAUGAGAGCCAUGCAGAUCUCUCUUAUCCUCCUCUUCCUCCUCUCCUCUCCCAUACAAGCCCAAUGGUGGAGUUUGUUGUGGGCAAACCCAAAAACCGAAACCUACAGCUCUCCGUCCUCCGGUACUCCUACCAUCACCUCUGGGUUUAUUACCCUCUUGGGCCCUUCUGACCCCCCACGGACAGCAACAGAGUGGGUGGGAAAUGAGGACGGGGUGAUGGAGAAAACUGUGGAGGGUACUCCAUCAGAGGGGUCUGUGGUGGCCUCUACUCUACCCAGCUCAAUAGUAUCAGUCUCUGCCCAAAGCGCUGUUGGACCUGAGGCAUUACCUCCAGAGAAGAAUACAGUCAGAGGCAGCAUAAUUAAGUCCCAGUACAAACUUCUAAAACACUGGAAAAGUGAACGCGGCUCAGGAAGUCAUCUGGACCUGACAGAGUUAAUUGGCGUCCCACUCCCUCCCUCGGUCUCCUUCACUCCUGGCUAUGAGGGUUUUCCAGCCUACAACUUUGAACCCGAGGCCAACAUCGGCAGACUCACCAAAACCUUUGUGCCAGCGUCGUUCUACCGGGACUUUUCUAUCAUUGUCACGGUGCGUCCAGCCAGCCAGAGAGGAGGAGUUCUCUUUGCCAUCACAGACGCCCAUCAGAAGGUGGUGGAACUGGGUUUGGCCCUCACUCCAGUGCGUGGGGGGCUCCAGAGCAUCUUACUGUAUUACACUGACAGAGAACAGGCUUCUCACAGCCACAAAGCUGCUGCCUUUAGUGUCCCAGACAUGACUGACCAGUGGACACGGUUCACGGUGGUGGUGGAACAUGACGAGGUGCGUCUCUACAUGGACUGCGGAGAGGCCGAGAGGACCAGCUUUCAUCGGAGGCCAGAGAGACUCACCUUCUCACGCAACUCUGGCAUUUUUGUAGCCAAUGCAGGAAGCACAGGGCUCGACAGGUUUGUGGGUUCUAUUCAGCAGCUGGUCAUAAAAGAUGAUCCCAGAGCAGCUGAGGAGCAGUGUGAAGACGACGAUCCUUAUGCCUCAGGAUACGCCAGUGGAGAUGAUGCUCUGGAUGACAGAGAGACUGAGGAAGAAACAAUGAAGAAUGAACAGAGGAGAAGACCUAGCACAGCAGAGAGAGAGGACAGUGUUCCUGUUAGAGCUCCACCCACUCACGAUCCAGAGGUGGAGCUUGAGGAGUAUUCUGGUCACAUGACUCCAACAGUUGCCACUAAAGAACUUCUAACAAGAGAACCACAUCGAACAGAGGAGCCAGGAGAGCGACCACCAGAUGAUCAUGUCAGACCUGGGUCAAAAGGAGAGCGUGGUGAUCCCGGGCCGCCUGGACCACCUGGCCCCCAAGGUGACCCAGCUGUACAUGGGGAUACCAAGCCGGGACCAAUUGGACCACAAGGACCACCAGGAACCCCUGGAUUCCCUGGAGUACCAGGGAUAGAGGGACAGAAGGGAAGCAAGGGAGAUAAAGGAGACAUGGGUCUGAGAGGUCCUCAGGGAUUUCCAGGUUUGAACGGGGAAGCUGGUGUUAAAGGAGAAAAGGGAGAACCAGGAGUUGGUUUACCAGGCGCCCCAGGCUCCCCAGGCCUUCCCGGCCCCCCGGGUCCUCCCAGAUCACGCAGUGUUCCUUAUGGACCAGAUGCCCUGGGUUCUGGCUUUGAAGACCUGGACAGUGAUGCUGAACUCGUCAGGGGACCUCCUGGUCCUCCAGGGCCUCCAGGGCCUCCUGGUCCACCUGGACCUCACCUGGCACAAACUGACACCAGUGGAGAACACUCAGCUACGUAUGCUGGACCACCUGGUGUGCCUGGCAGAGAUGGACUUCCAGGGAAAAAUGGAGUACCAAUGUUUGAGGAUUGGUUUAGUGGUUCUGGGUCUGAAGGUUCAGGUUUGAGCUCAGAGUUAUCCUCUGUCCUCAGCUCAGACCUCGGCUCAGACUUCGGCUCUGGUUUCAGUUCUGGUUCAGGCUCUGGGCUUGACUUCGGGUCUGCUUGGGGUUCAGGCGAGGGUCCAGCAGGAAAAGAUGGGACUCCAGGUCUACCGGGAACUGUGGGACAGAAGGGGGACCAAGGGAUGCCUGGACCACCUGGACCAAAGGGGGAAUGUGGCUCUGGGGGUACAGCAGGAUCCCCAGGACCACGUGGGCCUAAUGGUCAACCAGGAAAGAGAGGCCCACCCGGUCCCCCAGGUCCCCCGGGACCCUCUGGAACUUCGGGAACCAAGUUCUUUGUAGAGGAUAUGGAAGGAUCUGGAAAAAGGGACAUGCUUAUUGAAACUGGAGUCAGAGGCCCACAGGGAAUCCCUGGCCUACCCGGCCCUCCUGGACCACGGGGUGAGGAUGGAGUCCCUGGAAUCUCUGUCAAGGGUGAACCAGGGGAGCCAGGAUCAUCAGGUUCACAGGGUCCUGCCGGAAUGCCAGGUACCAGGGGGCCCAAAGGAGAUAAAGGCAGUCCAGGACUCAAGGGUGAUCAAGGUGCCGAUGGUCUCAGUAUACCAGGACCACCCGGACCUCCUGGGCCUCCAGGACCUCCCAUUAACAUACAAGAUUUCCUCAAUGCCACAAAUGGUAUCCUCAACUUGACAGAGAUCCGAGGACCACCUGGGCCCAUGGGCCCUGAAGGCUUGCCUGGCAGAGCUGGAUUUCCAGGCCCCAGGGGACCGAAGGGAGAAAUAGGCUCUACAGGCAUCCAAGGGUCAGCAGGGCUUAAGGGAGAAAAGGGAGAACCAGGGGUGACUAUUGCUGCAGAUGGAUCUCUCUUGUCAGCACCCAGAGGCCCUCAGGGGCCAAAAGGCAUAAAGGGCGACCGUGGCUACCCCGGACCUGCUGGACUUAUGGGCCCAAUAGGACCUUCUGGAGAAAAGGGAGAGUGUGGCAUCCCAGGACGUCCAGGGAGACCUGGUUUGCUUGGGAAGAAAGGUGACAAAGGAGAUUCUGUUGGCGUAGUGGGACCUCCAGGUCCUCCCGGUCCCCCUGGCCUUCCAGGGAGAAUCCUCGGACUGAACGGAACGGUGUUCCCUGUGCGCCCCAGACCGCACUGCAAAAAUGGACGAGAGUCACCGAGAAGGAGAGAUACAGUUGGACCUAAAGGAGAAAAAGGAGAUGAAGGAUUACCUGGUGAGCCAGGGACACCUGCACCAGGAUUUCCAGAUGCAAUAGUGGGUGCUAGAGGUGAUCAAGGAUACAAAGGUGAGAAGGGAGAAAAGGGUGACGCAGGCCUGCCUGGCCCUCCAGGACUGCCAGGGAGAUCAGGACUGGUGGGACCAAAGGGUGAGUCCAUUGUUGGCCCCCAGGGUCCUGUUGGUUCUCCUGGCCAGCCUGGAGCUCCUGGGUUUGGACGACCUGGACCUCGUGGGCCCCCCGGCCCUGCUGGACCUCCGGGACUAUCUGCAUAUGAAACAACUAUUCCUGGUCCUCCUGGUCCUCCGGGUCCACCAGGCCCUGCCAACCUGGUGAUCACCUACAAGACAUUUAACGCUCUCACCAGAGACUCACAGCGCGCUGCAGAAGGAACCUUGGCCUAUGUGUCUGACAGAGGAGGGGAGCUGUACAUCAGAGCACGCAACGGCUGGCGCAAGAUCCAGCUCGGAGAGUUGAUCCAUCCUGGACCGUCCUCAUCGGAGUCCUCUCAGUCCCUCAGCAGACCCGGAGACAGGAGUAGACCGCACAGGACCAAUAGCCAGGAGCUGCAGGACGGCAGUAGAGCCUACCAGCCCAGCUAUAACGUGCUACCACAGACCUUCAACGGCGUACCUGGGCUCCACCUGGUGGCCCUGAACGCCCCACUCAGAGGAGACAUGCGUGGCAUCCGUGGAGCAGACUUCCAGUGCUACCAACAGGCCCGUGCCAUGGGGCUCACAGCUACAUACAGGGCCUUCCUGUCCUCACACCUCCAGGACCUGGCAACAAUUGUGAGGAAGACCGACCGCAACGACAUGCCCGUGGUUAACCUGAGGGGUGAGGUGCUGUUCAGCAGCUGGAUGUCCAUCUUCUCUGGGAACGGAGGCACAUACGACCCAUCCAUACCCAUCUACUCCUUUGACGGACGGAACGUGAUGACAGACUCAACUUGGCCAGACAAGUUGGUGUGGCACGGCUCCAGCGUCGUGGGCAGCCGCCUGACCUCUAACUACUGCGAGGCGUGGAGGACGGCUGACAUGGCGGUGACGGGCCAGGCCGCCAUGCUGCAGACGGGGCGAAUGUUAGGACAGCACGCCCGCUCCUGCUCCAGCCACUACAUAGUGCUGUGCAUAGAGAACACAUACGUGGGAGACAGGCAUCAGAGGAGGCCCUGAGGAGAGACGCGUUGACACGUAAUUACACAUGCAGGCGUGCUGAAAGUAGAAAAACGUGACACGUGAAGGUGAAACGCAUGCAGGCACAUACAUGUACUGACAAUAUGUCAGUGAUUGUACUUCAGCUCUCACAUGCAAACACGCUGAUAAAAUACUCACACAUUAACAUGCAGAGGCAGGAAGAACGAAGGACACAUUUUGGUUCCAUGUUUGGUUCCCACUUGAAUUCAGGUCAGCUUCAACAACUCGUACUGUUAUCAAGCACCGUCCACGUUUCAAUCAGGUAGUCUUAGUCACCAUGAACACAGCUUGUUAUAAUAGAGAACUGAGGGAUUUAUUGGCAAUAGAACUAACAUAACCGUUUUUGUUUUUUAGCACCGUGUGCUUGUCACAGAUUUUUUUUUCUGUUUUAGACAAUAGUGAUGAUAUACACAGUAUGUUAAGUAGUAAAUGAGUCAAAUGUUCACUGGUUUGGUACAAUAACAUAAGUAUUUUUUAUUUUUAUUUUUGUGGAACAGAAUGAAUUUCAAUCUUAAUUCCCAUAUCACACAUGUGAUCUAGUUCAGAACCUUGUGUGUACUGUUCACCUUACCCAACUUUUACUUUCUCUUGAUUUACAAAAAUGUAAUCAGCCCAAACUUCUUUGCAUGAACAAAACAUGUAUUACACCUAGCAAACUGAAAUCUUAUACUACUUAAACUGAAGCGUCACAGGCCUGGAGUCACCAGCCUUAAGCGAGGUUUGUGUGACAUAGACGUAGUAGCCUACGCACUAGCCUACACCAGUGUGAACCAUUUAUACUUGUGCCCUUGUCAGUCUGGCUCACUCUGUAACAACUCCACCCAAACACUAGUCGGCGCUGUGUCUUUUUUUGCCAGUCUUGUUCACUUCUGCUUCCACCUACUGCUUCAUGUACAAUAAUCGCGACCGAAACUUUCGCCGAAAUUAUGCCGAAGUUGAGCCAUCCAAAAGUUUGUAUCUUCGAUUGUAUCUCUCAACUUAAAUUCAAAAAUAGUGGAGAUGCUGAUGGAAAUAGUAAAGCGGAAACAAGCUACUACAAAGCGGACAGCUCUUGUGCUCUGUGUCACCGUGAUGUGUAGUUACAUUUCUGGGGAGGCGUACCUCAGGCUACGGUGUUAGGGUUUGCGUAUGGCCUGGGCUGCUGCCGUUACUAUGGCAUCAAACUGGCGCAGAAGCAUAAACCACACAUUAGUCUGGUUACACACUAUAAAAUACCUUUAUGGGACAUGUUUCAACCUAUACAGAGAAAAGAAUAGCUCUGAAUGCAAUUGGUUAGUACUACAACCAAACAGAUACAGUUUGUUGUAACCAAAUUAAACUCGCUCUUACUCUUCUGUCCAUCACCAUAUAAUCUCAGGUACCUUUAUUUGGCACAGAUUGGUUUAACAUAACUUUGUACUCCCUUAAAAAGAGUCAAUUCGGUCUCCGGUCCUUCUUGUGCAUCAAGGCUUGCUAUUAGGUUGUGUCAUAAAUCAAAUUAUUAUAUGUAAGUGAUUUUAGAGAGGGUUUUUUAUGUCAGUAUUCAGUAUUUUCGUUAUCAUCAACAAAUCCCAGUGUUAGGUCGUCUAUCAGUAUCUAUGGCACUCAGCCAUAGAGCCAUAUGGAACAGACGUAGAGCUUUAAGUCCAGAUCAGCUCAUGAAUAUACAGUAUGUACAUGCGUUUUGGGGGGAAAAAGUGGGUUAGUGAUUUUCCUGAAACAGCACAGUAGUCUCUAGCAAACUUGAAAUAGAAGAGAACUAUGUUUUUGUUGCGGACUAUUUUUUCACAGGUGGAUUAAUCCACAUUUGGUGCUUUGAAUCUGUACAGCAGCAGCGUGGUGUGAUUCAGUCAUUUUUUGGACACAAAUACACAUAUUUAAUAUAUAUGGGCAAUACUUGCUACAGGAUUAUUGUUUGCUUCAUUUUUUUCAGUAGAAAUAGUUUGACACUGUCCACACGUAAUGACAAACUUCUUAGACUUUUUCUUGUGUCCAUUUCUAGCUGAAAUAUCUUCACCACAACGUCACAGACAUUUAUUUUCAGCCACUAAAAAGACAAAAAAUAAAAGCAGUUUACCACUAAGAUGUUCUCUCUGUUGUGUACACUCACAUUAAACCAACAUUGACAGGAUUAAUCAAUAAUAAAAUGAGAAUAAUAAUAAUCAAAAUGUUCCCAGUAGCAGCACAGCUUUCUUUCUUUUUUUUUUUUUAGUUUUAAAUAGGUAAUAUUGUAAAGUGCACAUUUAAUAUUGAACGCUGGAAGCCACCAGCUUUAUUUACGUCAUUAAUCAAAAGUCGUAUUUUCAAGUCUGAGGAUAAUGAAGCAGCUUUAUCUGCUCAACUUCAAUCCUGCUGCAACAAAGCGAUCUGAACUGCUUUUACCAUUAACAUGUUUGCAUUAUAGCGUUUAUAGAGUUACAAUCAAUGUGAUUUUUUUUUAUUAAUUUAUACUGUAGCAGGCCCUAGGGUGUAGCGAGCUCACAUCCAGAUGAAGAAGUCCAAACAUGUGUAUAUAUAUGUAUGUGUGUGUGUAUGUGUUCUGUGUCCAGAUGCUUUUUUUUUUUUGUUUUUUUUGUUUUUUUACUUGGUAGGUGUAGGUUUUGUAAGAAGCGCACUAAAUGGCCGAGGCUUUCCUCUCCCACACUUUGAUUGAGAUGUAGUCCACUGCUGCGCCUGUGUAAAGAUGUCCAUUAGUUUCUCUGAUGUCUGAUUAUGAUGUUUCUGUUCCUGUUCAAAAAAAACAAAACAAAAAACACUUGAGCUUCUGAACAAAAAGAAGGUUUGUACUGACUCACUGGUGCUCACUGAAUAAAAUGUCUUAUUUUGUGUCUUUUUUAAA